GUCAGGCGGCGCGCUUUUGUUGUGUUUUUGUUCCAGCGCGAGGACGGUGAUCUGAGACACCGCAUUUCGUCUUGUUUAUUUAUUAUUAUCAUUAUUUCUAAUGAUUAUUCAAGUGUAUAUAUUAUUAUUAUUACUAUAUUCCUGCCAGUGUUGAAUUAUGCCCGGACAGACGACGGUUACUCUCUCCGUUGCUCCUAGCAACAGCAGUCCGCAGAAACCUUUGCCUUUAGUUUUGAAGAAAAUCAUGGACAUCCUGCCGCCUAAUGUCCUCGAGGACGGAGAUCACGAGAUAGAGAAGGAGAAGCUGAGCUCCAUCGGAGAUGGGGAGUCUUGUGGCGAUGGAGGCGGCGGAGGAGGAUCCGGUGGUGCGGGAGGAGUUUCGGCCUCUCUCACCCCCGCAAUCUGGGACAAGACCAUCCCAUACGACGGUGAGAACUUCCACCUGGAGUACAUGGACCUGGACGAGUUCCUGCUGGAGAACCAAAUCCCUGCCGCCCUGGAGGAGGAGCUGCACAAGAGCCUGGAGCAGGAGUCUCAGCAUUCUCCCGAAGCCCCAGAAGUCUCUGCGGUCGUCCCAGAGUUGCCCGAGGGAACAGAAAAGACUGGAGCGAUUAAGAUAAAAGCGGAGGACCAGAGUGAAGUAGCCGAGCUGCAGGUGGUAGAGGACUCUCCAGGGCCCAAAGAGCGCACCCCCCCGUCUCCGAUCAACCCAGACGAGAUCGAGGUGAGCGUGAAUUUUCAGCCAGACCCCGCUGACCUGGUGCUGUCCAGCGUUCCAGGGGGAGAGCUGUUCAACCCCCGCAAACACCGCUUCAGCGAGGACGAGCUCAAGCCGCAGCCUAUGAUCAAGAAGGCCAGGAAGGUGUUCGUUCCCGAGGGUGCAAAGGAUGAGAAGUACUGGUCGAGGAGGAAGAAGAACAACAUGGCGGCGAAGCGUUCGCGGGAUGCGCGGCGUCUAAAGGAGAACCAGAUCGCCGUGCGUGCCAGUUUCCUGGAGCGGGAGAAUGCAGCGCUGCGGCAGGAAGUGGCCGAGCUCAGGAAGAACUGCAGUCGCUGCAAGAAGAUCAUGGCUCUGUAUGAGGCCAAGUACGGCCCUCUGUAGGGGCAGACCCGCACCAAGAUACACAGCAGGUCUUCUCCAACUGACACAACAUUCACACAGGGAAUCGUGGGUAAUUUCAGGAGAGGUGACAAUUUGAAGCUGAGCUUGCUUUUUUUUUUUUUUUUUUAUUGUUUUAACAUCACUGCUGAGGUAAAAAAAAAAAAAAAAGUAUCUUUCACUGGACCAAAGCAUGAAGCUGUUCUUCAUCCAAAAGACCAUUCUGAUUUCACCUUACACCUUCGGCUCACCGUGACCGAUGAGAUGUUUCUCGAUACCAGAAACACAAAGAGCAGGAGGUGUUUAGUUACCGUGCAACCACAACAUAAUAGCUGAACCCGAAACAAGAAUAAAAAACAGAUUUGAGUUAAACACAGAGCAUGUGGAAAGUAAGAUGUGCUUAUAUGAAAUCAAAUCUCACUCACAUGAUCUGUACCAAAUCACCCCUGGGGUGCUUCUCAUUACUUUUCCACACAGUUUAAGCUCCUCCCUGUGAGAAUGAGGAUGUGUAAUAAUGUCCUUACUCUGUUUGUGUGUGGAUCUCUUACACUCUUUAACUACAUUACCUGGCAUCUCGUAAUAUCAGAAAGGUGUAAAUACCCGAAGCCCAUUAGUGAUGGGGAUCACCAUAUAAUAUAAUAAAAUAUUCAUUGAUAUUAUCACGAUACCUUGCGCCGAUUCGAUGAAUUAAGUAUCACAAUUUUAUAAAUAUCCUGAUUGAAUAUAAUUUGUUUUUGUUGC